GGGUUCGCCCGGCAGCUGCUGCAGGAUGGCCGCCAGGCCGAGGAAGCACAAGCUGCAGAGCGGGGAGGAGGAGGAGGAGGAGGAGGUGGUGGAGCGGAGGCUGGAGGAGCUGCUGUUUGGAGGCGAAGAGGCGCUGCUGGAGCGGCUGCAGCCUGGACAGGAGCGAGUGGGCAGAACCUUGCUGGACGAUGACUCCAGUGACUCUGAAGUGGAAAAUGAAGCCAAGUCCAGUUUUCCUCCACCCAAGAAAGCAGCGUGGGUGGAUGAAGAGGAUGAAGUAGAAAGACCUGUGGAUAUGACUCAUCGAUUCCGGAAAAAUUUACAGAAAAGCACCACAGAGAAGACCCUUAGCGUGGGGCAGCUGCAGCAGAGAUUGAAGGAGCAAUUCCAGACUGCAAUGGGUGGGGUACCAUCCUGGGCAGAGAACAAUGAUAAAAAAAGAAAGAACAAGAAAGACUCAGAUGAUGAAAGUGAUGAUGAAGAUUUGUUGCGGAAAACUGGCAAUUUUGUGUCCUGCUCUGACGCCCUCCCCAAAGGCUUGUUACAGAUAAAGAACUGUAAAAAUGCCAAUCAAAGCAGACCAUCUGAUGCGAAACUAACGACGACUCAGUUCCAUCCAGCUGCUCAAGUAAUAAUGACUGCCGGGAUUGAUCAGUCCAUCUCACUCUUUCAGGUCGAUGGAAAGACAAACCCCAAGAUUCAGAGUAUUCAUUUGGAGCGGUUUCCUGUACACAAAGCUCGCUUCAGUGCAGACGGGGAGCAAGUUAUCGCCACAGGCAUCCGCAACAAGAUGUUCUACAUGUACGAUAUGAUGGCUGGGAAAAUUAUUCCUGUCCACAAUGUCCGAGGGCUAGAGGAAAGGAAAAUUGACAAGUUUGAAGUUUCGCCAGAUGGCUUGUUUCUGCUCCUCAUUGGGACCUCAGGGUUUCUGCACCUUCUCUCCAUGAAGACUAAAGAAUUUGUGGGUAGUAUGAAAAUCAACGGACAGGCAAUUGCAGCCACCUUCUCUUCUGAUGGGAGUACAGUGUACACAACCUCUGAUGAAGGAGAAGUUUACGUUUGGGACGUCAAGAGUAGGAAAUGCCUGACCAGGUUCAUCGAUGAAGGCUGUCUGAGAGGGACAUGUAUUGCUGUCUCUCGGAACGGGCAAUAUGUGGCUUGUGGGUCCAGUUCUGGAAUUGUGAAUGUUUACUCCCGAGAUACCUGCUUACACCAGAUUAAUCCUAAACCAGUGAAAGCCAUCAGGAACUUGGUUACCACAGCAACGUCACUGGCCUUUAACCCAACAACAGAGAUCUUGGCAAUUGCUUCUAAGGCCACAGAUGACGCAGUCAAGAUGAUCCACAUCCCGUCCUUCACGGCAUUUUCCAAUUUCCCAGCGAUUGGCCAGAAGAUCAUUUGCCUGGCACAGGAAAUGGACUUCUCUCCCAGGAGUGGCUUCUUCUCCAUAGCCACGAACCGAGGCCGAGCCUUGUUGUACAGGGUGAAGCACUACGCUGACUUCUAAUCUGAGACUUUG